AUGGAUAUCAAUCAAUCAGCUGUGAACUCCACUGGCUCCACAAGUCAUGGAUCUCCAAUGCAGAGACAAGGAUCCAUAAGCUCCAUGAGCCCAAACCAAGGCUCUGCUAACUCCACUGGAUCCUCAAGCACAAAACAAUCAUCUACAGCCUCAAGAGGAUCCAUGACUCACAGUCAGCCUUCAGGAGACUCAAGGGAUGGUCUGAAGCAGGUGCCCUCACUUAGUGGUGGACCAUCCAAAGAUGCUCAGACUUCUAAAGACAUGUCCAGGAGCUCUCAGGCAAUGAGCGAUUCCAUGACUAAUUCUCAGUUGUCAAGAGAUCAUGUUAUGAAUGAUUCCAUGAUGUCAAGAGAUGCUUUAAGUCAUCAAGAGUCUCUCACAUCAAGAGAUUCAGGAGGAUGCAGUGAUUAUCAGUCUUCUCAAGAUGCAGGACUCAGGGAUUCUCAGGCUUCUAGAGAUGCAGGACACAGAGAUUGUCGAUCUAGAGAUCAUUCAAUAGAUGCUGGACACACAGAGUAUCAGUCUUCUAGAAAUACAGGACACAGAGAUUCUCAGUCUUCUAGAGAUCAUUCUAGAGAUGCUGGACACAGAGAUUCUCAGUCAUCUAGAGAUCAUUCCAGAGAGACAAGACACAGAGACUUUCAGUCUUCUAGAGAUCAUUCUAGAGAUACUGGACACAGAGAUUCUCAGUCAUCUAGAGAUCAUUCUAGAGAGACAAGACACAGAGACUUUCAGUCUUCUAGAGAUCAUUCUAUAGAUACUGGACACAGAGAUUCUCAGUCAUCUAGAGAUCAUUCUAGAGAGACAAGACACAGAGACUUUCAGUCUUCUAGAAAUCAUUCUGGAGAUGCAGGACACAGAGAUUCUCAGUCUUCUAGAGAUCAUUCUAGAGAGACAAGACACAGAGACUUUCAGUCUUCUAGAGAUCAUUCUAGAGAUGCAGGACACAGAGAUUCUCAGUCAUCUAGAGAUCAUUCUAGAAAUGCUGGGGAUUCCCAGGCCUCAAGAGAAACUGACAAAAGUCUCCAGGUGUCCAAAGAUUCAGGAACAUUCAGGGAGUCCAAGAAUUUAAGAGAAUCUCACAGAGAUUUCCAGAUUUGUAGAGAUGAGCAAGAGCAUGGAAACUAUCAGGCUUCCAGAGAUGCAGAACUUCACCGAGAAGCACCUCACAGAGAUCACAGAGGUGCCAUGAGAAAUCAUUCAACAAGAGAUCCUGUUAUGACAAGAGAUCAUCAGAUGUCUAGAGGUCAAAUUAUGAAAGAGUCAUCACAAGAUCAUAUUUCUCACACAGAUCCUCACACACCAAAGAGACCUCCACCUCACACAGAUUCUCACACAUCAAGGGAUCACCAGAUAUCCAGAGAUCCUGUCUCAUCAAGGGAUCAUGUGUCUCCGAACCAGACACCUCGGGACGGUGUCGCAUCGAAAGAUCAUAUGUCUCGGAACCAGACAGUCAGGAGGGUCGGUGCAGUACAGCGUCAGACUUCAGCAAGCUCUGUGGACAGUAGGUCCAGAAGAAGGAUCUUCACACGGGCGAUGGUCCAUCAUGAUGCUGUUGGUGACUCGGAUGACGAAAUGUACCGACACUGGAAAGGUGAUGUUGAAAUGCAUGCUUAA